AUGAUGUGUUUUCGCAGCUUGUUUGGUCUGUAAUUCAUUUUCAAAAUCGAAUUUCAGAUGGGAAACGGGCCGGGGAAACACUCAAAAUCAUCUACUUCUGCAGAAUUGUGCUCGAGUUCUUCAACCAGCGGAACAACUUCUGCAGCUCCUUCGGCUUCACAAAAUGUCGUGUUGGAUCCGGUGAUUGAUGGGUAUUUUCAACGGUUGGCAGAUUCGCCGACAAGUAUUUCAAUGGCGAGAUUUGUGGUGAGUUUUUUCUCGCUGGUCAUAAUCCCGGUGUCAAAAAUGGCUUAUUUGAACAAAAAAUCAUGUAAAUUUUGGUUCUAGGUCGAAUUUUCAUAACUUUUGAGCUCUAAUAGUUGAAAGAUCGUGAAAUUUUAGCCCAGGACAUGGAAUCUGACGUUUUUAACCUUCAGGACCCUUAAAAUUAUGUAAAUUUUGGUCCUAGACCGAAUUUUCAUGAUUUUUAGGCUCUAGUAGUUGAAAGAUCGUGAAAUUUCAGCCGAGGACAUGAAAUCUGACGUUUUUAACCUUCAAGACCUUUAAAAUUAUGUGAAUUUUGGUCCUAGACCGAAAUUUCAUGAUUUUUAGGCUCAAAAAGUUGAAAGAUCGUGAAAUUUUAGCCGAGGACAUGAAAUCUGAUGUUUUUAACCUUCCGGACCAUGAAAAUCAUGUAAAUUUUGGUCCUAGACCGAAUUUUCAUGAUUUUUAGGCUCUAGUAGUUGAAAGAUCGUGAAAUUUCAGCCGAGGACAUGAAAUCUGACGUUUUUAACCUUCAGGACCUUUAAAAUUAUGUAAAUUUUGGUUCUAGGUCGAAUUUUCAUGAUUUUUAAGCUCCAAAAGUUGAAAGAUCGUGAAAAUUCGCUCCAGGACCAGAAUUUUGAAAAUUUUUAGGUUCUAAAGAUGAGAUUCAUCAAAAUUCGAUCUAGAACUAAAAUAUGCAUGAUUUCAAAAGUCCGGAAGGUUAAAAACAUCAGAUUUCAUGUUCUGGGCUAAAAUUUCAUGAUUUUUCAACUUUUGGAGCUUAAAAGUCAUGAAAAUUCGGUCUAGGGCCAACAUUUUCAUGAUUUUUGAGCUCUAAAGGUUGAAAAAUCAUGAAUUUUCACCCAAAACACCAAAUUUCACGAGAAAAAAUCCCCAUUUUUCAGGAGCUCUUCGAGCAAGAUCUCGCCGAAUCCCUUUGGCGUUAUUUCUCCACGUCACCAAGUCCACCAAAAGAAACCGACACAAUAUCUCGCCAAGAAUUCAACGAUAAAUUCGCCCCACUUUCCGGAUCAUCCACAGAUAUCUAUGUGAAAAUCCUGCAACCCAUUCAUCAUUUCAUCAAAGUUUGCUCGGAAUCUGCGGGAGCUCAAGCAAUUCGAGGUGAUGAACUUUUUAUCACAAAUUUGGUGGAGCAAAUGACGGCGGCGGAGAAAAGUGGAGAGGAGGAAAUUCUGAAAAAUAUUCUGGAGUGGCGGAGAUCGAAAUGUGAAAAGUUUUGUCAAUCUGUGCAAAAUCGCGUCAUUUCCAAAGCUACCGGGAAUCCUAGUGUAUGUCUUAAUUAAUUAAUUACAUAAUCAAGGUUUUUUGUUCAGAAUCUCCAAGAUUACUCCUCGGAUAUUCUGACACCACUUCAAAUGUAUUAUUUGCAAUCUUGUCUUCCGGCGACAUAUUUUCCCAAUCGAGAUAAAGUGAGUUUUGGGUGAAAUUUCAUGAUUUUUGAAGUUUUAGAGCUGAAAAAUCAUAUAAAUUCGGCCCAGGACCAAAAUUUUGAUGAUUUUUAAGGUCCUGAAGAUCAGAUUUAUGAAAUUUUGAGUCCUGGGCUGAAAUUUCAUGACUUUUGAAGUUUUAGAGCUGAAAAAUCAUGAGAUUUCGGUCUGGAACCAGAAUUUUGAUGAUUUUCAAGCUCCUGAAGAUAAGAUACGUGAAAUUUUGAUUCCUGGGCUGGAAAAUCAUGAAAAUUCGGCCCUGGACCAAAAUUUUAAUAAUUUCCAAGAUCCUGAGCAUGAGAUAUGUGAAAUUUUAAGUCUUGGGCUGAAAUUUCAGGAUUUUUGAAGUUCUAGAGCUGAAAAAUCAUGAAAGUCCCACCCUGGACGAAAAUUUUGAUGAUUUUUGAGAUCCUGAUGAGAAAAUACGUGAAAUUUUGAUUCCUGGGCUGAAAAAUCAAGAAAAUUCGUCCCAGGACCAACAUUUCGAAGAUUUUCAAGGUUCUGGAGAUAAGAUACGUCAAAUUUUGAGUCCUGGGCUGAAAUUUCAUGGUUUUUGAAGUUCUAGAACUGAAAAAUCAGGAAAAUUCAGUCUGGAACCAGCAUUUUGAUGAUUUUGAAGGUCCUGAAGAUAAGAUUCAUGAAAUUUUUAGUCCUAGAUGGAAUUUCAUGAUUUUUCAACUUUUCGAGCUCAAAGAUCAGGAAAAUUCGAUCUGAGACCAAAAAUUGGAUACUUUUAAAGGUUUUAAAGGGUAAAAAUGAAUCAUUGUGAAAUUCUAACCAAAAUUAUAUCCUAUUUUAAUGAAACGUAUUUUUUAAGGAAAAGAUUACUGUAAUUUUUCGCGCCAAAAAUUCCCCCGAUUUUUGCAGCUCGAAGAAAAACACUGGACCCCAUUAUACACAAGUCUCCAACACGGUAUCAGCACAAAUCGUUUCGAGACCCUAGUGUUUGAUUAUCGUGGACCUACCGUAUCCAUAUUUCGCCUAAAAGAUGGUCGAAUUGUUGUAAUUGCAUUGGAUCAAGAAUGGCGACAUUCUUCAGUGAGAUUUGGAGGUCCGAACACGUCAUUUUUCGAAAUUUCGCCGAAAAUUCGAAGAAUUGAUGUGAUAUCGAAUGCGGUUUAUUGUAAUUUGAAAUUGAGAACUGCUGCUUAUGGAUUGUCGUUUAAAGAAGAAUUGAAAAUUGAUAAGGAUUUUACGGAGGUUUAUGAUAUUGAGGUAAAUUUGAAAAUUUGAAUUUUUGAAUUUCGCGGUUGAAAAUAAUCUUGAAUUUUAUAAAUUCAAAAUAUUCAGCUCGAUAAUCAAUCCACGUGGCAUUUUUGCGCUGAAAAUUCAGUUUUCAAAUUGAUUUUUCUCGCGCUUGAAUAUUCCACGUGGAUUUUUGAAGCUUUGAUGAAAAAAAAAAUUUUUGGAAAAAAAUCCUGAAAUUAAAUUUUAAUGAAUACUUUUGAAAAUUUGAAUUUUCAAUUUUCGCGCCGAAAAAAAUUGAAAUUUUAACGCUGAAAUUCGAGGUUUUUUGAAGUUUUGGCUGGAAAUUUUGAAUUUCAAAUAUAUUUUUUGAAAAAAGUUAAGGUUAUAGGAUCAAAAUUUCAAAUUUCUGUCAAUUUUCGAACCCAGAAAAAUUUCGAAAUUUUUAAAAUUCAAAUAUUUAGCCACAAAAAAUCUCAGGAUUACUGUAUUUUUCGGCGCCAAAAUCAACAGUUUUUGAAAAAUUCAAAAUUCCGGUUUCCAGAAUUUUUACUGUUUCAAAAUAUCUACAAGAGAAAAAUUGAAACAUUGCUUCUUCGAGUCUCAAAAAAUCCACGUGGGCCAAAAAUUCUGAAAAUUGCAAGAAUUCCUCAAAAUUCCCCAUAAUUUUCGCAGGUUUGGGGAUGUUCCGGAGCCUCAACUCUUCAAGAACAACAAAAACUCAAAAAUUGGCAAAAACAACAAGCGGAAAAACACAAAAAAGUCCCAUUGCCCGGAAAUUGGGACGAUAAUCCCGACAAAACGCUGCUCGAAAUGGCCGGUUUCCAAUUUUCGAACGAGCGAAAAAAUAUGGAAAUGGAAGCGCGACAAAAAGAAGUUAUCUCAAAUCGAGAAACAACUACAACUACAACAAGUCAAAAAUAAUUUAAUUAAGAGCUUCUCGAUCUAAUUUUAUUAAUAUUAUUCAAUCAUAGUUCUGAAGAUAAUUUUUACUAGUCGAUUUAUUUUUUAUACAUUUUUGUCAUAAUUCAAAUUUUCACUUAUUGUAUAGCAUGUAAUUAUUAUAAAUAUUGUCUGAAAGAAGAUCCGUAAAGUCUAUAAAAUUUUUGUGAGACAAUUUUAUUUGUUCUUGUUUCAUUUUUAUGAGAGCUCUUAUAUUUUUGGCCAUUUUUUGCUCUGUCUCGAAGUCGCAAGGUAAUUUUGAGUAAAAACGAAGUUUAACAAAAAUUCUGCGAUUUUUCCAGAGACCCUGUUCGCUGCGCAACGAGAAAUCCUCAAACAUCUCUUCGAAAACCAGACUUUGGACAAAAAAUCGGCGCCAGUCUUCAGAUUUGAAACUGACAAUGCGACAAAAAUCGACGUUUGGUCCUAUGAAGUUCGGAUUUAUCGAAUGAAGGUCAUUGAGUUGGAUGAACCGCGUGAACUUUUGUCGGUUUCACUUCAUACAAUUCAGAGUUGGAUGGAUUUGAGGUUGCGUUGGAAUUGGAGCGAUUUCGGGGCGAUUUAUUCGAUGUAUUUGAGACAGGAUGAAAUAUGGACACCGCCUUUUGAAAUAUUUUCAGCGUGAGUAUAGUUGGCACGUAUUUUUUUGGCCCUCGGUUCGCGGUUGGUAUACUGUAUUGACAAACACAGUGACGCACAAAUGCACAAAAAUGUCUCGCGUCUCCCCAUUUUGCGCGCUAUUUUUCGAAAUUGGUCUCGCCACGAACCCCGAAACGCUAAAACGGCACCCGUUCGCUCCACCAAAGCUUAUUUCCAUGCAGUUUUUCACGGCGAUAAAGAUGGUGUAGAUACUCAGAUUUUGAUUUGAUGCAGCCGUUCUUGAGAUUUUGGUGGAAAAUUAAAGCAUGUCCCUUUAAACAGCGAACCGAGAUUCUUUGUUCAGCAACAAAAUACGUGUUGGACAUCGCAUUUUCAUGUUUUUCAAGUAAAUGAGUUGAAAUAUUGGAUUUUAAUUUUAUUCAUAUGAUUGAAUGGUCUAAGACGAACAGAAUCAUAUAAAGUUUGAUGAAUUUACGUUAUCCAUAAGUGAUUUAGCGACUUAUUGUCGAAUUUGAAAAAUGUGGCAGCCGUAAAAAAUGAAAAACAGUGCAGAGCUGAAUGAAUGACAAAGUCAUUACUUCGUCAGUCGCGUGCGGCUGUGCGUCGCGGCCGAAAAACAAAGGAAAAAAUAAAUAAUUGAUUGUUUUUCGACCGCGACGCACAGCCGCACGCGACUGACGAAGUAAUGACUUUGUCAUCCAUUCAGCUCUGCACUGUUUUUCAUUUUUUACGGCUGCCACAUUUUUCGAAUUCGACAAUAUCGACUAAAUAUCGACUAAACAUCGCUAAAUCACUUAUGGAUAAGGUAAAUUCAUCAAAAUUCAUAUCAUUCUGUUCGUCUUAGACCAUUCUAUCAUAUGAAUAACAUUAUAACCCAAUAUUACAACUCACUUGCUUAAAAACAUAAAAAUGUCAUUUAGUCGAUGUCCAAUAAGCGUCAAAUAUCGUUUUGCAGUUAUGAAGUUCGCGAUCACCGUGAUCCAAAUUUCCGUGCAAUUCAAGUAUUCUACACGGGCACAAUGAGCACACACAUCCCAUUAUCAGUGACCACAAAUUGCAAAUUGAAUAUGGACAAUUUCCCAUUCGACACUCAAAUCUGCGACAUACGUGGCGGUCUCGCCAUCAUGCAUCCAGCAUUUGUCAAAACCCACUUUCUAAUUUCCAACAAGACCGGAAGUUCUUUAUGUGAAAUGGGGAAUUCAGUUUGGGACGUGAUCAAAAUCGAGACAGGUCAAGUUGAAUUGCCUGGCGGAUAUUCGGGUUAUGCGCCAACAAGACUUGCGAUUCUUCGACUAACUUUGAAACGAAAUCCACUUUUCUAUAUGUAUAUGAUUGUUUUGCCAACAUUUUUCAUCAAUAUGAUUGCAAUUUUCGGAGUUUUUAUCAAGAAAUCAAGUGCGAUGGAGAGAUUAACAAUUGUGUUAACGCAUAUAAUGACAAUGACUUUUAUUCUAGGACUUAUCGCUGAAAAAAUCCCGAAAACUGAAGAGAUUCCACUUUUGGGAAGAUAUAUUAUUGUUGGAUUGUGUGAGAUGAUGAUCGCAUCAAUUUCCCAAAGUUUUAUGAAUAAUUGGUUUAUGUUGGCGGUUUUGCAACUUGUCAAUGUUCAUAGUUUUCUACAUAUGAUUUUGAAAUAUUUGGAGUUUGAGCAAAAUCAUGGAGAUAGAGGAACUUGUUAUAGUUUUACUAAUAAUGAUACGAUUUUUUACAUGGAUUAA